UAAUUGUCAAAUAUCAUAUUAAACUGACUCGCACAAAUAAGAAGUAUGAGCUGAUACGCAUUCUGAUAUUUUACCUUAAUGAUUUAACUAUUAAUAUAAUAUUUUUAUGAUAGUUUGACAUUAUUUAAUUUUUAAAUGUUAUGUUCAUCAGCAGUUCAGAAAAAGGUCUAGAGAGAGAGAGAGAGAGAGAGAGAGGGACGCAGAGCACCUCUACAUUUCUAUACGCUGACUUAUCCAAAUCGGUGGGCCGAAGUUUUAUUCGGAAGCUACCACAACAGUAUUGGCCAUUGAUUAAGCAUCUUAUAAAAUUCAGCUUCCCCUGUCCCAAUUCUCUUCACAAUUACAUUCUCUUUUACACUUUUGUUAAGCAUCCUUUAGGCCAGAGAUCCUCCUUCCUCUGUUAAUCAGCCAUGUUUUACCUUCAGCUCUCAACCCCGGUCCUCUUCUGUCUUCUACCUCUCAUCUCCUUCCUCUUCCUCAACCUCACUGCUAUUUUCAGAAAAAAAUCACCCUCUGUCCCCGAUAAGCUUCCCAGAUCUUAUCCUUUGAUCGGUUCCUCUCUUGCAAUCUCUGCCAACAAAGACAGACGAAUCCAAUGGGUUGCGGAAAUCUUGAUGAACUCCCCCUCUUCAACCUUCGUCCUCCAACGCUCCCUGGGCCUUCGCAUCAUCUACACCGCAAACCCCUCCAAUGUCCAGCACAUCCUCAAGACCCAUUUCCAUCUCUACCAAAAAGGCGACUUCUCCCGAAACACUCUCCAAGACUUUCUCGGCGACGGCAUCUUUAACGCCGACGGAGAGACCUGGAAGUUCCAAAGGCAGGUUUCAAGCCACGAAUUCAACACCAAGUCCCUGCGUAAUUUCAUCGAAAACGUGGUGGAUGCCGAGCUCUCCGAGCGCCUCCUCCCCAUCCUCUCCGCUGCGGCCAAGAACAAAACCGUCCUCGAUUUUCAAGAUAUCCUUCAAAGAUUUGCGUUCGAUAAUGUAUGUAAGAUUGCGUUCGGAUACGAUCCCGGGUACUUAUCCCCAUCUCUUCCCCAAGAAAAAUUUGCGCAAGCUUUCGAAGAUGCCACCAACAUCAGCAGCUACAGAUUCUCUUCGAUCUUCCCGCUGAUAUGGAAGCUAAAGAAACUUUUCGAUAUUGGAUCCGAAAAGCGACUCCGAAUCGCAAUAUCCGAAAUACGCGAAUUCGCAAAACAAGUCAUCAGAGAAAAGAAACAAGAGUUAUGCGAGAAGUCUUCUCUGGAAUCCGAGGAUCUUUUGUCGAGGUUUCUGAGUUCAGGACAUUCGGAUGAGAACUUUGUGACAGAGAUAGUCAUCAGCUUCAUACUGGCGGGUCGGGACACGACCUCUGCGGCUCUAACGUGGUUCUUCUGGCUUAUCUUCUGCAACCCAGAGAAGGAAGAAAAGAUUCUCACGGAGAUCAGAGAGAAAUCGGAAGCACCGGUCUAUGAGGAAGUGAAGGAUAUGAUGUACACGCACGCGUCGCUCUGCGAGACCAUGAGGCUCUAUCCGCCGGUGCCGGCUGAUGCGAAGGAAGCGAUGGCCGACGACGUAUUGCCGACUGGGGAGGUGGUGAGAAAGGGAACGAGAGUGGCGUAUCUUCCAUACGCGAUGGGGAGGUUGGAGAAGCUGUGGGGGGCGGACUGGGCAAAGUACAGACCGGAGAGGUGGUUGGAGAGGGAACCAGUUGGGGGAAAGUGGAGGUUUGUGGCGAGGGACUCGUACGCGUAUCCAGUGUUUCAUGCGGGGCCCAGGAUAUGUUUGGGGAAGGAGAUGGCGUUUUUGCAGAUGAAGAGGGUGGUGGCGGGGGUUCUGCGGCGGUUUCGGGUGGUGCCGGCGGCGAAGGAAGAUUAUGAGCCGGUUUAUAUUUCGUUUUUGACUUCUAAAAUGAAAGACGGCUUCCCUGUGAGGAUCGAGGAAAGGGUAGAUGCUUGAGGAUGAUGAGGACGAACUUGAUAAAAUGUAGGCAGGACUGAAUCGUAACAUCAAUACAUCAUACUGUGUAAAGGUCGUAGCCGUGGGAAGCUUGAAAAGAUAUACAUCGUUGGACAAAUCGCACCUUCCUAGCCGUCAAAAUUGCCACCGCGACUGCAAAGCUUCUUCAGUUUUUUUUUGUUUUUUUACUUAGUUUUAUAUGAUAUAUGUUUUUUGGAUGACCCAUAACUCCUUUCUUUCUAGAUAAGUCUUUUGAAUCCACCGAGUCAGUCAGAAUAAUAUGUAUUCUUCUUAUGUUUAUUAUAUAAUAUAAUAUAGAUCAUACAGGUUUGAACA